UUGAGAUUGUUUUUACGUCACCCUGACCACGCCAUCUAGCGGCUUUAAUCAACGGGACGUUGUGCAUCGUUUUGGUCUACGUAGCGGCUAGUAAUAAUCAAAACAAUGUUUGGAACUCCAGGGUCCAAGAGGCCUGCUGAUUAUGGAUCAGAUUCACCAUCAUGGUCAUCUGAUGGAGGUGGUGACAAGAAGAAAAAACGCAAGAGUAGAUGGGCCCAGGAGACAGAAAUUGACAAGACUAUCAUACCGGGCAUGCCCACUGUGAUUCCACAUGGACUCUCUGAUAACCAAGAGAAACAGUACCUCUUGCAUCUUCAAAUAGAGGAAGUUAGUCGUAGACUACGAACCGGAGACUUGGGAAUCCCUGCCAAUCCAGAAGAAAGGUCGCCAUCCCCAGAGCCGAUCUACAACAAUGAGGGCAAGAGACUGAACACCCGAGAAUACAGGACUCGGAAAAACCUGGAGGAGGAAAGGCAUUGUCUGGUUCAGCAAGCCAUCUCACUCAACUGUGACUACAAACCACCUGCAGACUACAAACCUCCGAUUGUUCGAGUGAAUGACAAAGUCAUGAUACCGCAGGAUGACCAUCCAGAGAUUAACUUUGUGGGUCUUCUGAUUGGACCCAGAGGAAACACUCUAAAGAACUUGGAAAAAGAUACCGGAGCAAAAAUUAUCAUCCGAGGUAAAGGUUCUGUCAAAGAGGGGAAGAUAGGAAGAAAGGAUGGUCAGCCGUUACCUGGGGAAGACGAGCCUCUGCAUGCCUAUGUGACCGCAAACAAUCCAGAAAAUGUCAAGAAAGCUGUCGAAAAGAUCAAAGAAAUUAUUCAACAAGGCAUUGAGGUUCCAGAGGGACAGAAUGACUUGCGACGCCAGCAGUUAAGAGAACUGGCCUUGCUGAAUGGGACGUUAAGAGAAAACGAUGGUCUUGCGAAACUGAAGCAGUUGCAGCAGGCCCAAAACAUUAUUACAAACACCAUAAUCUGUUCAUUGUGUGGAGGUACUGGCCAUAUAGCUCAAGACUGUAAAUCAAAAAAACCUGGCGAUUCAUUCAAGAAUUAUCCACAGAAUGCAAACCCAGUGUCUCAAGCUGACAAAGCUAAAAUGGACAGCGAGUAUAUGUCUCUGAUGGCGGAGCUUGGGGAAGGACCACCUCCUCCCAAGAGUCAGACACAGCCUACACAGGCAGUGCAGUCCUUCAGACCUUCAUUCAGUCAACCUCCACCAAACCCUAUGGCAGUGAAUCCGCCUUGGCAGCAGCAACCUCGUCCUCCACCCCCACAAGUGGUCUCCAACAUCAGUCUCAGCACACCUGUUCAGACAUCACAGGUGCAAAGCACUUCUCAGCCCCCCGUCAGCUACAAUAUACAAGGGGUGCAGCCCCCAAUGGGCAUAUCUACAAGUAUUCAGCAACCAGUGGGGAUGCAGCAGCCAGGACACAUGCACAUGCCUGCUGGACAGAUGCCAGCCCCUGUGGCCCCGCCCUCUCAUUACACAUCAUCAACAGGCCCAGUUCCACCACCUUGGCAAUCAAAUACGAUGACUUCUCAAAACUGUGCUGUGUCUUCUGCAGGAGGUGGUGUUCCUCCUCCAUCUUUGUUGUCUGCUCCACCACCCCCUCCACCGAGCAGCCAGCCUCCCACAUCAUGGAUGCAGCAAGCACAAGGUGUACCACCACCUCCUCCUAGUACAUCAGCAUCACCAUGGCAACCGGCACCGCCUCCUCCAAACAGCAUGCCUCCAUGGCAACAAGCUCCACCACCAAUGCCAAGUGGUGUUGCACCACCUCCACCACCGCCGCCCGGACAGCAAGGGUACAACCCCAUGGCAGUACCUCCUCCCCCACCCCCAGGAGCAUUUGAUAUGAACACCUUAGGCAUGCUUGGAGCUCCACCACCACCACCUCCAAGUUGAGAAUGAUAUCUGUAGACUGUUGAAGAAAGACACUUAAAUUAACACCAAAGUGAAAGAUGAACUUCUGGUUUCUAUAUUUAUUUUCAUGUCAGUAAAUCAGUUUAAUUUGAUUUUAGUUCAGAAUAGCAGAAAUCUAUGAUUAUUGAUGUUACAUUCUCUUUAGAAAAUGUAUAUUCAUCAGUCUUUCAUAUUAUUUGCUGGUUUGAAUGGAUAUACAUGUAUGUAGUAAAAAUGAAUGUGUUGACAUGCAUUCUUGUUUAAUAUACAUAACAAAAUAAUUAAAUUUGUUUUUCAAGACUC